ACAACUACCACCACCCCAACUACCACAACUACCACCGCCACAACUACCACCACCCCAACUACCACAACUACCACCGCCACAACUACCACCACCCCAACUACCACAACUACCACCACCCCAAUUACCACAACUACCAUCACCCCAACUACCACAACUACCACCGCCACAACUACCACAACUACAGCCCUCACACCUUCAACCACAACAGCUACAACGUCCCCUCCAUCCGUCCCAUCAUAUAUUGUUGUUCUUAAUGCAAGAAUCUCCACCACCCUGCCUAUUACUGAUACCACCUUGGCUCAGUUUAAACAACGACUGGUUGACCUGGGACUGCCAUCAUCCACAAUCAUAAACAUACGAAGUAUUGAUCCGUUAACACCUGUAAAUUGAUAAAAAUACACCUGGGACCUGGAGGGAAAUGGGAUUUAAAAAUUUUAUGCCUCUCUAUCUUUGUUUAUUUUUUGUCUUAAACAUUUUUAAGAAGUAUAAAUAUAUAUUUUUUUGAUAUAUUGGUAUUUGAUGUUUUAUAUUAUUCAAGUGAAAUAUGUUACACAAAUGAAGUGACUUCUACCAAAUCUUAUUGUCAUGUUUCUCUGUAAAAUAGUCGUGAUUUUUUGUCCUUUUUUUUG